AUGGCUACCAAUUCGGAUCCUUCAGAGGUUCCCGAUUCAGAUGAUUUCAAGGCAGACGAUCAGCAUGAAAUCAAAGAAGAUCCUGAUGAGUUGACUAUUACACACACCAAUAACCUGAACCGGCGACCUCGUCCGGAGAGAGUUAAACCUGAACCACCAGAAUAUGUCAAGAUUGACUUGACUCUUCCUAACGGGGAGGAUGACAUAUUUGAGGACGUCGAUCAAGAGCUGGAUGAAAAUGGAGAUGAGAUCGUGGAUUUGACGUACGAAGGAAUCGCGCACCUUAAUGGAGUCCGGCACUUUGUUUGUGAAGGAUUCAAAAUUCGUCAGAUUCCAGAACCAUUUAUCGUUAAGCGUUCAUUGUUUGAUAUAUUCCGAUGUAUUGAGAGCAAGUCUAUUGUACUGGAUCCCGACUAUCAAAGAGAGGUUGUCUGGGACGAAGGUCGAGCCGCUUUAUUGAUCACUUCCAUUUUGAUGGGUUACUUCAUUCCUCCAAUCAUCUUCAAUGUAAAGAAGAAGGUUGUCAAAAUUGGUGACCGAGAGGAAGAGAGGUUUACCCGUACAUGUGUAGACGGCAAACAGCGACUUACGUCGAUCUGGAAAUUCAUGAAGGGUAACAUCGGCUUCUUCGAUACCAAUUCGCCGUCGAAGAAAUGGUUCUUCUGCCAUCCAGUUGUUGAUGGACGUAUCCAAAUCAGCAAUCGCAACAUCCUUCCGAAUGCAGUCAAGAAGUUCUUCGAGACUCAAUUCUUCUGUUGUUACGAAUAUGAGGAUUUGACUGCGGAUACUGAAGAGACUAUGUUUCAGCUUGUGCAACGUGGAAUUGCACUUACGCCAGCGGAGAAGAUGCGAGCAAUGUCUACUGAAUGGGCUACCUUUACAAGACAGUUCGAAGAUGACUACGAAUUGAUCGUCAACCUAUCGAAGCAGAAUCGAGCUUCGGGUUUCCGUCUUAUUCUAACAAUAUUCACCAUGAUCCAAGAGAUCCACUCGAGUUCCAAGCGGAAAAGGUAUCUCAUAUCCAACUCCGCUCCACCACUUCAAGCAAGCCCACAGGCCCUCCUUCGCAUUCUCGACGACAAAAGGGAAAUACCGCCACGCCUAAAACAAAAGUUCACAGCUGUCUUCGACCGCUACGAAACCCUCAUCAAGCUGUCCUCCACUCAAGUUACAGCCACCCGCUUUAAAGUAAACCACAACUCCGUCUUCGACCCAGCACCCGGCUUCCUGCGCGCGGCACGCAUCGUCCACGUCCGAACAUUCUCCCCUCUCGAGCUAGUCGUUACGGCUAUAUUAGUAGCCGUUCACAUGGACCAUCGCACUAACGAACAGCUCCUCGAAGACGUCAAGGAGAUGCGCUUAUUCUUGCGCAAGAAACAUAAAGAUCUCCGUGUGAACGCACAGUGCUGGAAUACAGCUUGGUCAUUCAUCACGAAGGAGAUGGACGUGCGACUCAGCUCGUCGACUAAGCUACACCUUUCUAUUGAGGGGCGAAGGCCUGGCGAGGGUCCGAGUUCAUCUGCUACUUCCGGUAGGGACUCGAGCGGUGCUGAUGGCUCAGAGAGAGGCUCAUCUCCGCUAUCAUCUGCGCCGAGUUGUGAGCCGGAAGAUCGCCCUGUCGUGAGACCGAAGAAGAAGUCGAAGCCCAAGCCGAAGACGAAGCUUACACUACCGUCCCAACCUCCUCAAAAGAUAAGCUCGAAGAGUAAAUCAAGACGGAAACCUCUUCCGAGUGAACCCUCGAGAGGGAAGAUCGCGAAGAGUAAAGUGGCGAGUACGUUAUCUGGAAAGAAGCCGAGGGCGAAAGACAAGGAGAAGCUGAUUUCUAAGAAAAAGGCGAAGAGGGCGGAAGUUGAUGUGGUGAUAGAUGGUUUGUGA